GCUUUUGGUGCUGCAGGCAAGCAGGUGUUUCUUCUGAACAUGCUCGCCAACUGGGAUCAGCAAAGAGAAGCAGAGUGAGAGAACACGGUACUUAUACUAACAGCAGGACACGCUCUGACUGAAGAGAGAGUUGCCUGAAGGAAGCACAGGGAGUGUGCUGGGGUUGACAGCCACAUCCCUAAUGUAAACCCUCCAUCUGAGGAUUUGAGAGAGGUGUGUCAGCUCUAACUAAACGCCGCCUUGCGAGACUGCAAGUUUGAAGGGAAAGCAGGAUGUUGCACCUCACAGACUGGAUACUGGAGACGCUGGUGCUGGACAAGACGCUCUUCCGGACUACGGCUGUUUCUGUCCUGUUGUUUCCUCUUCUGGUUGUGCUCUUCCGUCUCCUCCUGAAGGCCUUUGCUUUUUGCCGCUGCCAUUACAUCAACAGCCAGAGACUGCGAUGCUUCCCGGAACCCCCACAUGCCAACUGGCUCUUGAGACACGCGGGCAUGGUUCUGCCCAACGAGGAGGGCUUGACCGAGGUAUGCAAGCUGGUAGCCACCUUUCACCAGGCCUUUUUGAUGUGGUUGGGGCCCUUCUUGCCAGUCCUGUCUGUGGUUCACCCUGAUUACAUCAAACCCAUUGCAACAGCCUCAGCCGAUAUUGCUCCCAAGGACGAACUCUUCUACGGCUUCCUGAAGCCCUGGCUUGGGGAUGGAUUACUUCUCAGCAACGGGAAGAAGUGGGGACGUCAUCGCCGCAUGCUCACCCCAGCCUUCCAUUUCGACAUCCUCAAGUCCUACAUGAAAAUCUUUAACCAGAGCACAAACACCAUGCACGGCAAGUGGCGCAAGCUAACCACAGCUGGUGCUGUCUCUAUCGACAUGUUUGAGCACAUUAGCCUCAUGACUUUGGACAGCUUGCAGAAAUGCGUCUUCAGCUAUGACAGCAACUGUCAGGAGAGACCGAGUGACUACAUUGCAGCCAUCUUGAAGCUCAGCUCCCUUGUAUCGCAACGGAACCAUCAACCACUCAACCAUUUUGAUUGGUUGUACUACCUGAAAGCCGAUGGGCGCCGCUUUCGUCAUGCAUGUGAUAUUGUGCACCGUUUCACAGCUGAUGUGGUUCAGAAGCGGCGAGUGGCACUUAGCCAAUUGGGCCAAGACGCCUGGCUCCUCUCUAAAAAGGGCAAGACUAUGGACUUCAUAGAUAUCCUAUUGCAAGCCAAGGAUGAAAAAGGAGAUCACCUGUCUGACGGAGACAUCGCAGCUGAGGCUGACACCUUCAUGUUUGAAGGACAUGACACUACAGCAAGUGGGUUGUCGUGGGUGCUGUACAAUCUGGCUCGACACCCCGACUAUCAAGACCAGUGCCGGAAGGAGAUUCAGGAUCUGCUGCAAGGCCGAGAGAUGGAGGACAUUGAAUGGGAAGACUUACCACAGAUGCCAUUCACCACAAUGUGCAUGAAGGAAAGCAUGCGCCUCCACCCACCAGUCACCGCCGUGUCUCGCCGCUGCACUCAGGAUGUGAAACUACCUGAUGGAAAGAUUAUCCCCAAAGGGAAUAUCUGCCUAAUCAGUAUUUUUGGGACCCAUCAUAACCCUGACGUCUGGCCUGAACCAGAGGUGUAUAACCCAUACCGUUUUGAUACUGAGGCCUCACAACAGCAGUCGCCACUGGCCUUCAUGCCCUUUUCAGCAGGACCCAGGAACUGCAUCGGGCAGAACUUUGCUAUGGCUGAGAUGAAAGUGGUCUUGGCACUGACUCUGCUGCGAUUCCGAGUAAAGCUGGAUGAGAGCCGAGCAGUGCGGCGCAAGCCAGAAUUAAUCCUGCGAGCGGAGAAUGGACUAUGGCUGUGGGUGGAGCCGCUGCCUGCAGUAUCGUGAUCAGGAAAAAAGAGAAACAACGCAGCCCAAAAUAAAACUGGAAUUCUCCAAUCCUAGCCUUUGACCUUUAUUGUAGUGCUCAAAAUGGAUCUGACGUGUCACAAUAAAUUUAACAAUAAAUUUGUUCG